AUGAAGUCCAAGAGACGAGUGUGGGUCUUUCUGCCCGACAAGCAGCGCCUGGACUGUGGCGUUGGGCUGAAAAGCCGCGUGCAGGAGGUCUGGAGUGAGGUCCUGGGGCAGCUGGGCCUCACUGAGCUGCAGGUGUUUGCUCUGGCCGUUCUCAGAGAUGAUCAGUAUCUCUUUAUCGAUCUGAAGCAGAAGUUGUCAAAGUAUUUCAGGAAAGGUUUGACAAAAGCAUCUGUGGACCCACUCAUUUUAUUCCUGCGGGUUCAGCACUACGUGGACAGCGGGAGACUCUUGCAAAGCGACGUUGAGCUACGUCUUUACUUCAGGGCUCUGCGACAGAAGGUGCUGCGCUCACAGAGCCGCCAGCAGGACGGCCUCUUCUUCCAGAUGGCGUCCUGCGCGCUCCAGGCUGAAGCCGGAGAUUUGGACCCAGGAAAACACAAACAAUACUUUCUUCCUGAAGAUUAUUUCCCCUCUUGGCUCAUAAAAAGAAGAGGAAGAGACUACGUUCUUCAUCACACGCCACAGUUACACGAGGAUCUGAGAGGGGCGUCACAGAGAGAUGCCGUUCUGGAGUUUGUGAAGUUGGCGAACACGGUGCAGGACGUGCCACAGACUCUGUACAAGAUGAGACGGGACGUGGGCGGCAGGCUGUGUUUGCUGCAUGACUUCACUUGGACAGAUCUGGAGCAUGUCUCUGUUCAGGGCUGCCGGCUGGACAUCCAUGCAGUGGGCUCUCUGUGUCUGCCCAAGCUGCGGUUCCACGGCCCCUCGGCCCUGCACUGUGGCCUGGUCCUGAGGCACCUGCGCCACACUCACCGCUUCCACAUGUCGGUCAGAGACGCACUGGACCUCAGCCGACAGACGGAGCCCAGCCUCGUGUGUGGCGUGUACAGAGAGACUUACAUUUGUGACGGGAAUCUUCUGAUGCAGAAACUACGCCGUUUAACAUCGUCCUCGACUCUUGGCUCCACUGAGCUGGAAACGUCCACGUGUGAAGAGGACUCGACUGUGCAGGAGUCUGAGGAGGUUUUCGUGGACAGUCCUGAUGACGUGCUGUGGUUGGCCGAACUCUUCUGUGGCGUCUCUGUUGAUGACCCUUUGGCGUUCCCUAUGUCGGAUUGGACAGCCGUCACUGUGGAAAUGAAGCAGCGUUUGAAGAAAAGGCCUCACGAUGGAAUUUAUGUAGACUAA